GUUAGUUUGUUGCGUGGUUGGAUUUUUUUGUUUCAUCGUCAAUGUGCCGAUGCUGAUAUUGCUUCCUCAUAAAUAAUACGAUAUACUUUGUCCUACAUGUGUAAGACAGACUCUAUAGUGAACAAAUAAUUUGGAAAAUAUAUCGACGAAAAGCUGAAUAAUGGAUCCACGAUGGAUGCACAUUCUCGUAUUCCUGCUUCACUCAUUAUCAGGAUGUUACGGAAAUCUACCUCCCAUAUUUACAAGAGACAUGAACAAUAUCGUCAUACCGGAAAAUACGCCUGUGGGGACAAUUAUAUACAAACUGGAAGGAACUGACCCCGAAGAUGGUCCAGUCCGCUACGACCUACAGGGCACAGACGUAUUGGACGUGAAUCACCUGACAGGAGAAGUGACAGUUGUUAAACCUUUAGAUUAUGAAGCAAAUUCAACAUUAAAUCUAGUGGUUAGUAUAGAAGACGAAGUUAAAGGUGCUCCUAAAAAUAAUAUCGUUGAAGAAAGAAUAGCUGUUAUUAUUCUGGAUGAAAAUGAUAACGCUCCAGAAUUUCAAAACAUACCUUACAACAUCGAAGUGGACGAGGACACCGAAACGGGCACGUCAGUUUUCGAGGACAUCUCGGUGAUGGACAAGGAUACGGCCGGCCAGAACAUCGAAGUGUCCUGCAUCAACAUGCCGGGACACGACGACGCCUGCGACAUUUUUAAUAUACAAGACUUGAACGCGAACGUAAGCUCGUACAAGGGAGCGAUAAUUCUGUACAAGAAAUUGAAUUACACGGAGAAGAGGGAGUACGCUUUCGCGCUCAAGGCGACGGACGGAACUUUAACUACCACCACUAACGUUACCGUAAAAGUGGGAGAUGUUCAAGAUACGCCGCCACGAUUUCUAAACAACUUGACCGCCGAAAUACUGGAAUCGUCUCCAAUUAACACCUUGAUCUUUACCGCCCAAGCUGAAGACGGCGAUAGAGGAAAUCCCCGUCGUAUCGUUUACGAACUUGUUAACAAUCCGAUGGACUAUUUCCUGCUGGACCCGAUGACCGGCGAGCUCCGCACCGCCCGUCCCCUCGAUAAGGAGGCGAUCAAAAACCCGGACGGCGUUAUCACAUUCGAAAUUAGGGCGCACGAACUGGUGGACGGCGUCAGAGGCAACGAUCCCCUAACGGUAACCGCCGCCCUUGCCGUCGUUAAGAUUCUGGACGUCAACGACGAACCGCCCCAGUUCAAUAGGCGGGAAUAUUUUGUGGAAAUACCGGAAAAUAUUCCCGAAGGAUCGGCGCUGCCCGAAUUGAAUAUGUCCGUGACCGAUCCGGAUGAGGACAGUAACUCUGCCUUUUCAUUGGAACUCAACGACAUCUCUGGUGUAGAGGUAAUCGAACCCAAACAAGCUUUCGGAUCGGCCAAUGUUACGAUACGUGUAGCUAAUAGUUCACUGGAUUACGAAGUUUGUUAUAGAAGAAAAGAUAUCAUUUUGGGCCGUUGCUAGGACAUGUAUACUGAAUUUAAGCUGUCCUCAACGGCUACAAUAACAGUUUCAGUGUUUGAUGUUAACGACAACGCACCAGCAUUCGAUCAGGAUAGUUACUCCGCGACUGUUUCUGAAAUAGCAUCACCGGGCACUCUGGUCAUCACCAUAGUGGCAAAAGAUCGAGACAGUGGUAAAUUCGGAGAAAAUGGAUUAGUAUAUCGCCUUGCCGGCAACGGAGCUGAACAUUUCACGGUGAAUAAUAGAACAGGAGUGGUUACAGUAGCGCCCUGUGAAAACGUGGGACGUCCGGAUUGUUUGGAUUAUGAAUCAAAAUCCGAGUAUCAACUUCAAUUUGUCGCAACCGACGAUGAUGGCAAAGGGCAAACCUCUACCGUGCCCCUCAAGAUCACGCUCAUCGACAGCAACGACAACGCUCCGGUGUUCGGCCAGUCGACGUACAUGGUGUUCGUUGACGAGGGUGCCACGCGGUUCAGUACCGACCUAGUCAUCCAGGCGAUUGACGCGGACAAGACAUCGCACGUCACAUACUCCAUAAUAGCCGGAAACGAUGAGAAACUGUUCAAAAUCGAUCCAGAAUCGGGGAAAUUGAGGAUAGCAAAUGGGAAAGGAUUGGAUGUUAGUAACGGGACGGAUAACCUUAUUUCCCUUACUGUGCUGGCUAGUGACGGAAAGUUUACUGCAACUACGGCUGUGAAUAUUACAGUUAUGGACAUUAAUAAUAAUGCACCGAUAUUCUUAAAAGAAAGCUAUUUAGAAGCUGUUCCAGAAGAUGUUGCAAUUGGUACAACGCUAUUGAAAACCGAAGCCACAGAUGCAGACACUGGAGUCAACGCAGAAAUAGAAUACGUUUUGUCUAAAGGGGCCUACGACGAUUUCGCUAUAGAUAGUUACUCGGGAGUAGUUUCUGUCGCGUCGAAAUUGGACUACGACCGAAGAAACACGUACAAUAUCGAAAUCCUGGCGGUAGAUCGUGGGGAACCGGCCUUAACCGGUACGGCUAGUUUGACGGUGAAAAUCAUCAACACGAACGAUAAGCUGCCGUAUUUUGUCCCUGCGACUCAAAAAGCUGAGGUUAUGGAAGACGUCCCAGUAGGCACUGUCAUUCACACGCUUGUAGCAUUGGAUCCUGACGUCAAUACCUCCGAAGCACUGAACUUUGCAGCCACUGAACCAAUCACAGGUCUGGACAAACAUGGGCUGGAAGUAACCAGAUCUGAAGCUUUCAAGGAGUUUUUCUCGGUGGAUAAAAACAGUGGUAAAGUUACCGUCGCCAGUCCCUUACAGAGAGAUCUGGCUGCCCUCAUCAGGAUACCGGUUUUGGUUACCGAUAUCACGGCACCAACUGUGCAACAAGGGCAAGGACUAUUAGUUGUAACUAUAUUGAACGUAAACGACUCUCCCCCAAACUUCGUUCCUCCAUGGACCGUGGAACAUCCCAUCUACUUCUUGGAAAUCAAAGAGGAACUGCCCGUCGGAACAAUAGUUGCAACGUACAAAGCAUUUGAUGAAGAUUCGGAUAUAUCCGGCUAUACGAUAUAUCCAGAAAGCGAAUAUUUCCAGAUCAACAAUGGCACCGGAAUUGUACAAAUUAAGAAAGUGAUUGAUUAUGAGGAAACGAGAGAGUUGGCUUUUACAGUUUUCGCUUACGACAGCGGCGUUCCCCAGCUCAACGCCUCCGCCCUCGUCCAAGUCAAAGUCGUCAACUUGAACGACAACGACCCCGUCUUCCCCCGCACCUCCUACAACGUGUCCAUCGACGAGAACUCUCCCAACGAUACCGUCCUGCUGCAGGUCGUGGCCGUAGACCGCGACGCCGACGAAUUCGGCGAGGUGUUCUACAAUUUGACGGGGGAACACAGCGAAAAUUUCCGUAUCGACCCGAGAACGGGCGUCAUUACCAUCGCCAACUCCAACUUUCUCGAUCACGAGGCCAUAACCGAGUGUGUUCUACAAGUUGUAGCUUACGACAACACACCAGUCAACAUCAGGAGAUCAAUGUCAGUGCCUAUUUACAUCAAGAUCAACGACUUGAAUGACAACAUGCCUAGAUUCACCGACCAAGCUUACGAAGUGAACGUCAUGGAGGAUGUCAGACUUAAUCCACCAGUACCACUAAUCCAACUAAACGCCACUGAUUUAGAUUCUGGAAUUCAUGGAAACAUCCAUUACAGUAUAGUAUCAGGAAACGAUAAUGAUAUAUUUUUACUGGGAAUGGACACAGGAAUACUCUACGCCCACAAAUCGCUGAUGGGCUUAACGAAAGUGUUCAAUUUAAUAGUGGAAGCCAGAGAUGGUGCUGGUAAUGGAAAUCUUUUUGACAGGGCCACUUUGAAGGUUCACGUGCAGAAUGUCAAUGAUCACAAACCAGAAUUCGUGAUGCCGUAUUUACCCAAUGCCACAGUCGAAGUUAUGGAGAAUGAUGCAGAGAAAGACUUUUUAGUUCUUACCGUCAAAGCGACUGACAAGGAUAAUGGAGAAAACGGCAGAGUGACUUACCACUUCAAGGUGGGCGAUAACAUCGUUCAAGAAACAAACGAGUUUGCGAUAGACGAGAAAAAUGGAGAACUCAGGCUCAGAAGAGAUUUAGAUAGAGAGACAGAGAACCCUAGAUACGAGCUGCAACUAGUUGCGCGAGACCAUGGAUUUCCAAAGUGGUACCAAACUGUAAGACACUUGACAGUCCUUUUGGUUGACGAAAACGAUAAUCGGCCUGAGUUUCCUGGAUCGACAGCUACAAACCCGUAUCAUUUUUAUAUUACUGAAAAUAACGAACCAGAUACAUUAAUUGGACAAGUGAGAGCCCUAGACCGAGACGAGGGCAAGCACGCAGCAGUGUACUAUUACAUAUUGAUGGGCAACGAGGAUCGUUCCUUCGUCCUUAAUAAGGCGACCGGGAACCUCUACGCUGCCAAAUCGUUCGAUCGCGAAACCAAGGACGAGUAUAAUUUAGUUAUCCUGGCUAAUAACGAUCCAGACUAUUACGCCACCGAGGAAGAAAUUAGUUAUAUGGAAAAAAUAGGAAUGCUGAACGACAAGAGCGUGGCCAGGGCCAUAGUGACGGUGAGCGACCUCAACGACAACGAGCCCUAUUUCAAAAGCACCGUCUACUACGCGGCGGUAAACGCCAUGGCCAACGUGAACAAUUUCGUGGCCAACGUCACGGCCUUCGACCCCGAUUUCGGAAUAAAUGGAUCGUUGACCUACUACAUCAAAGCGUCCAACCUGUACAAGUACCAUUCGAACAAAAGCUCCGGCUCAAUCAUACCAUCACCAUUCAAUAUCAGUCGCAAAGGAGAAAUUUAUACAGCGACCUAUCUAGCGGAAAACAAUCAGCAUCGGUUUGUAGUUGACGUCAUCGCUAGAGAGGACGGUUUUCCUGAACGCGAGGCCUACGCUAAAGUUCACGUAUGGAUAUUUGAACCCGAACAACUUAUAAGAGUAAUCAUGUCGCGACCUAGAGAAGAAGUAUACAAAGAAAAAGGGGAAGUUAUAGCGGAAUUGAGCAAUGCUACGCAAAGCUUGAUUAUAAUUGAUGAAAUCCGAUUCCAUAUAGGAGAUGGUGGAAGAAAAAACGAAGAAUGGACGGACAUGUACAUAUUAGCGAUUGAUCCAAAAACUCAAGCCAUUUUGCCCGUGCCUGAGGUUCUCAAAGUUAUCGAUUCCAAAUACGAUUUCUUGAAAGACUACUACACAGGGUUUGCCAUAGAAAACGUCGUCCCAGCUUUCGUUCAAGAGAGAGACGAAACAUUUGAUCCAGCUUUGGCAGCUCUAAUAGCACUUCUUAUUGUGUUGUUCGUGGGAAUAGUUUCCUUCAUCAUCGUUUGUUGUUGUCUAAGACACUGGGUGAUUUCGCCCACAGACGAUCUGAAGAAGAAGGAUGCGCUCAUCAAAAAAGCGAUUAUAGACGAUUUGAAUACUACGGAGAAUCCCCUUUGGAUAGAACAAAAACUGAAGAUAUACGAAGAGCAAGAACUGACCAUGCAAGUGUUUAAUGAACCCGAACAAGGUUUAGCGAAUAGAAGAGGCAGUGAAGAUUAUAUCCCAGAGGACAACACAUACGCGACCAUACAGCAUCCCCAUAAGAGGACGGCAUCGUCGCAUGUAGCUUCGAUGGGCGUGGCGGACGAUCUGGGCGAUUACGCCACCUUGUCGGGGGUGGUGCAUCGUGGCCAAGCGGGCAGCAAUAACAGCUCGAUAAGAGGAGCUCCAAACUACUACGAAGCGGCAAUGGGUUUCCAGGGAUCAACAUUCCAAGUACCGGACAGAUUGAGCGACACUGCAGGAAGUGAAUACGGUUCAACGAGAGGACGUCCAAAAGAUCACGCUCAACCAGAAUACGUCGCCGAACUGAUAUAAAAAUGUGUUUUUAUGGCACUUUACAACACAAAAAUAGCUCAAAUAUUAAUUAUUUUCCAUAAAAGAAUAAGUGUACUUUAAAAAGGCAGAUUUUGUUCUUAGUAAUACCACAGAUUAGAUAUCCUAUAAGUAUACAGAUAAAAAUCUUGUCCCUAAUUCGUGGUACGAAAAUUGUUUUUUAUGACGAUGUGCAAACGAGUCAAAUUUCCUGUGCGCAAAAAUAAACUCGCG